AUGGCGAUGCGGAAGGGCUCAAAGUCUAAAGCAAGCAACAAGCUGGUGAUCACCUCCGUUGCCUUUCAAGACCACCUCACGAGGAGCCUGCUGCAGUCAGACUUCUCACUUUCUGACCCUUUGCUGAGAUGCAGAAGAAAAGCAGCCACAAACCCACGUGCAAGAGAGAAAGUGGAAGGUUUGCAGAGGCCGGGUGACUGGCGAGAUGAGAGAGAAUAUGUUCUGGAUCCGGCUCCUCCUGCUUUAUCAUUAGCUCAGAAGAUGGGUUUGGUGGCUUCCCCAGCAGAGAGGCUGAUGGAGGACGAGUGGAUGCAGGUCAAGGCGAGGUCCGUUCACCAGGGGGAAUCCGCUCAGCCCUGUGCGAUAUGCAGGGAGGAGUUCCGCCUGCAGCCUCAGGUGCUGCUGUCUUGCUCUCAUGUUUUCCACAGAGCUUGUCUGAAGGCCUUUGAGAGGUUCUCUGGGAUGAAGCGCUGCCCGAUGUGCAGGAGGAGGCAGUAUGAAACACGCGUGAUACAUGAUGCAGCGCAGCUCUUCAGACACCAGAGUGCUACCAGAAUUCAAGCUUGCUGGCGAGGCUACGUCGCUCGAAAGUGGUACAAGCAUACGAGGAAAACAAUCUGCCCAAAAGACAAACGGCUGCGACGCAAGUUCUUUGAGGCGAAGUUGCAGGAGUUGAAUGACAGCUUUGUCCGAUACUGUCACACCGACACGGAGGCUUUUCUGAGUGAUAUCGACCGCUCCCUGUCAUCAAGCAGACGAGUGUUCCAGCAGCUGGAGAGAAAGAGCGUCUCCGAACCACAGGACAACGACUGGGACCGAAUUCAGAGCCAGGUUAUCCAGAGGGAUGUGUGGGACUGUCCCAUCUGCCUGACUGCACUGUGCAAACUGAACCUCCUGACACAAGCUGCUACUUCCAACCAUCAGCCACCCAGACGAACCGUCCUCCUGUCCUGUUCCCACGUCUUCCACCAGCUUUGUUUAGAGGCCUUUGAGUCGUUUACAGCCAACAGCAGACCUUCAUGUCCCCUGUGCAGAUCUGUCUACCACAAAAGACUCAUCUAA